AUGGACGCCUCAGAGCCGGAGGACAUUCCUCCUCUGGCUGAUGUGCUCGCAGACGUCUCCAUCGCCACGGACAGCACUUCCGUCGAAGCGAACCCAUCGCCGCAAUCCACUGAGCAGGCACUACCGCACGCGGAAGAUUCGGACGAUAUCAGUGGCGAUGAUGUGGAGGCACUCACUGCAGAUGCGGUUGAAAAUGAAGCUUCACAGAAGCUAGGUGUGGAGCAAAGCGGGUCAGGGAAUAUAGAUCCGGACGUCUCUGCGCCACAACACCCAUCUGAGCCACCCGAGCCCACCGCCGGCGUGGCAACGGAGGAGGAUGCGAGUGUGGGAUCUGUGCCAAAUGAUCAGGCAGCAGCUGCAGAGAAUCAAACUUCACCAAUAGCCGUCGACGCUACAGCGGCAUCCGACGCCUCGACUCUGUCAGGUCCGGCACGACUUCUGCCCCAGUCAGCCAACCAGCAAGAUCAAAUCGUGCCCGUCGCGGUACUCCGGGGUACGAGCGCCGAGCCCGAUCCCUCACCCCCUCACCCCACACCGCUUGCGGACGUGGAGGGAGAGGCGCUUGUGCCCAAGACUGGGGUGAAAGAAAGCGCGAUCCCCGUGCCCGUGGGGGCGACUUCAGGGUUAUCCGUGAGGAAUUCGAGAGCAGGAGGUGGCCUGCGUGGCACAGCGGAUAAGGCUGCGGAUACAUUCCGUGCGGACCGAAAGCCGGGCGCUGUGGCUGCACGGGCGGGAUCUUCAACGUCAACCCCUGGGACGGAGGCUGAUGUUCGUCUCACUUCCCCCGCGGUUCCGGAGAGAACGCCAAACAUGCAUCGAAGCUCCAGCGCUCGAAUGCGAGAAAAGGAGCGCGAGGAGGGGCGGAUCACCAUGACGGUGCUCACGCAGAGAGGGUUGGAGAGCGAAGGUAACCUGCUUCAACCCAUCAUUCACAUUCAAUACAGAACCAUUCCACGCAAACACAUCCGUCCCAUCACUUUUCUUUUUUUUCCCGGAAAUGCAGUCCGACCACCACGACCCACAUCCGCAGCCCCGCGAGACGACCUAUGCAGCGUCCUCGCCACCAAGCACAACCCGUUCUCGCAGUCCGACGCAGAGCUCAACAACGUGUUUCCAGCAUCGUAUUAUUCACCCACUCGCAUGAAGACGGGCGCGCCAUCCAGCCCGAUGAAACGAACGGCGUCGGGUGGAAGGGGAUCGCUCUCGUCGCCUGUCCAAUCUGAGGGAUCGAGCUCCGUGGUGAUGGGUAGGGGCGUGGGAAAGACGGAUGGAAGCACCGAUGGGAACGCAGAGAACGCCGGCCGACCCCCAAACGAGCCCCAACACCGCCCAAGCACCCUCCCCCGGCAAAUCCACAAACACAAACCAGGGCCGACUCUCCCCUCCAUCCCCGGCCGCCCCACCCUCCCCUGGUUCCAAAGACGCUACGGACGGCCCGGGAGUGCAGGAAGCGUCACGGGCGAUGCGCAUAUCGAUCCCCCAAAGACCGACCCCGCCGACGUGAAUUUCGAGCGGGAUGGGCGGGGGGAUUCGAGGACUUCCGCGGCGCGAUCGGCGAAAUCGGGGAGAGUGGCGACGACUGCGAACGCGGGCGCUGAGCAAACGAGUCCGCCGGUGGAUGCGCGGUUGUCGUCGCCGUACAGCACGCCGUUGCCGUUGGCACGGGUGCAGCCGGUGCCGUUGAAAGGAUCGGUUGUGUUGGUCGUUGAGCCGGUGCUGACGUUUGGGGGGGAGAACACCUCGCGGGCGCAGAAAGCGGGAGAGGGUCGACCUCACACCAGCUACGCCUACACCUACCGCUAUCGGUACGUCCAUUCGCCGUCAUCGACAUCGCGCUCAUCCACCGCCGCUCUCGGCGCGGUUUCAUCCCCAGCGGACGGAGGGGUGGUGAGCGUCUCGCGCCGGCACGCGUUGCUGGCCGCGCUGAGACUGAAGCGGGAUAUGCGGGUGGAGGAGACGUACCUGGGCUAUUCCGCCGUGGAUGCACAGGAGUUUGUCCGGAAAGCCAAGUGGCGACGGGCGUGGGGAGCGUGCGGUGUGAUGAACCUCGACGCCACCCACGGGAGACCUCCGUCCAAAGCGGCCGGUGAAAACCCCCACAUCCUGACGCCCGCAGAGGCCCCGCCGCCACCCAAACCACCCUUGCUGCCCAUACAACCUCCCUCCGCACACCCCCCAGCCACUCCACCGACCUCGACCUCCUCGCCUUCUCCGACGACAUAG